AUGUCGGCCCAAUCUCCACGCCUUCAUACACCAAAGGGCGCUCGCAAUAACAACGCUCACAACAACAGCAACGCCGUCAACAACAACAACAACAACAACAACAACAUGAACGGAAAUUCUCAUCCACGCCGAUCCUCAAAGAAGCCAAACACCCCCAAGUUGAAGAACUCUAUCCCCCUCAACACCCCACCUUCUUCGCCUCCGGGCAACAUGAGUCCCGCAGGUGUCGGCGCCAUGACAGACUCAUCGGUCAAUGUCCAAUCCACCAAGAAAAGACCCCCACGUUCGGGCAAGAAACAACCACCGCGCAAUGCCAAUGGAUACUCCUCUGCCCCUGGCCAGAAUGGUCACAGGCAUUCUCAUUCCCAGUCCGGUACUGCGACUCCCGCCAAGGAUUCUACCGCUGCCUAUGCUGGUCCAACCUUCCACGCCUCCCCGGCUCCAUCCGCUUUGCCCAUUCCAAGCUUCUUUUCCAAGUCGCUGCCUGAGUCCGAUCUUGCACCUCACUUAGAAACCGACAGCGACACUGCGGAUGUGGAAGUUGAUCUGGAGACCACACCCUCCAAGCCACGAGUUGCUCGCCCACAGCCAGCAAACCCAGCUCAGGCGGCUCAUCAACCCUCGCCUUUGGACUUCCUUUUUCAAGCUGCCGUUCAGGCUCGUACCGGGAACAACGUUGGCAGUCCGGAGGCAUCUACUCGCAUGCGCUCGCCGCAGACCGAUUCCAAAGUCCUUCGCUCAAAUUCCAAUCACACUGCCGGUGGCAUGUUCCCAAUGGAUCUGGAAAAUGAUCGUGCACGAGCUUCCCCCAUUGGUCCCUCCUUCGCCCCCUCCUAUCAAGAUCGCAUGAAUGCUUUGCGCUCGACUACUUUCCCCGCGCAAUCUCCCUCCCCCAGUCCUGCGGCACCUCGCGGAGAUCAAUAUCGCGCCACAACGGAGCAGUUGAAGUACAUGCUUCUGAACCCACGACCUCAAGAGCCGCCUUCUGCUUCGGCAUCGUCGUCCACCAACAAGCCCGCGGGCAACUAUGGCGCCUCCAGUCCUAUCCGACCAAACAUCAAUGCCUCGAUUUCUCACUACGCAACCCCGAUGCGCGCCUACUCUGGUCCACCCGCCGAUGUCUCGCAAGGCCAUCCAGCUGCCGGUCCGACCAAACCCGCGCCAGUGAACAACCAUGGCGACAGUGCCGCACAAUCGGUGUACUCUUACCCGUAUGCCAACAGCUCGCAGCCGCUUCGUAGCACUCAGUCUCCUCUGAGACGUGCGGUGCCCAUGGUCAAUGGUCAUGCUAAUGGCUAUGCUAAUGGUUAUGCUAAUAUCUAUGGCAACGGCGCCAAUGGAAGUUUCUACAGCAACGGAAACUCCUCUGGUUAUUCCUCGCCUGCGCCUCAUGCCAACAACAAUUUUGCCGCGACCGCGCCUGCAGCUAUGCCACAGCAGACCCAGUUCAUCCCGCCAGAGCCCCAGUACCACCAGGCUGCAUUUCCUUUGGUCAACUCCCCUCCUGCCACCUCUGGACCGGUCGACACUAAGAAGAUGGAGGAUGAUCUGCGCCGAAUCUUAAAGUUGGAUGCCGCCCAAACCUCCGGGCCUGCUCUUCCUUCUUCGAAUUUGCAGAGCUCGUUUGCCGCCUAG